AUGAAGUUCUCUCUGACUUUCGCCUCGCUGCUGGUCGCGGCCGUCUCCGCCCAGAACGGCACAUUCCCCAAUGGCACUUCGCCCCUUUACAAGAACCCGAAUGCCCCCAUUGACGACAGAGUCUCUGACCUGUUGAAGCGCAUGACCAUCCAGGAGAAGACGGCUCAACUGCUCCAAGCCGACAUUCGUGACUACCUCAACCUGACCGAUGGCCGCUUCAACCAAAGCGGUCUGACCUGGGCCGCCGAGAACAGAGCCAACUCCAUCUGGACCGGUCUCUACUCCAAUGUGUCCACCAUUUCCUACGGAGCAAAGGUCGCUCAGGACUACCUGGUGAACAACACCACUCUGGGCAUUCCGGCUUUCAUCCAGAGCGAGGGUAUCCACGGCUUCCUUGCCCUCAACGCCACCAUCUUCAACUCGCCCAUUGCCCACGGUUGCUCUUGGAACCCGGAGCUGGUGGAGAAGAUGGCCAAGGUCAUCGCUGUCGAGUCCAAGGCUCUCGGCGUCAACCAGAUCUUCGCCCCCGUAGUUGACUUGGCUCGCGAACUGAGAUUCGGCCGUGUCGAGGAGACCUACGGCGAGGAUCCUUUCUUGGUCGGCGAGUACGGCUACCACUACACCAAGGGUCUCCAGGAGAACGGCGUCUGCGCCAUGGUCAAGCACUUUGCCGCCUUUGCUUCCCCCGAGCAGGGUGUCAACACGGCUCCCGUCCACGGCGGUCCCAGAGAGCUUCGCACCACCUACCUCCCCGCCUUCAAGCGCGCCAUCUUUGAUGCCGACGCCUGGAGCAUCAUGUCUUCGUACAACGCCUAUGACGGUGUCCCCACGGUCGCAGACCACCACCUGCUGACUGAGAUCUUGCGCGAGGAGUGGGGUUACGAGUACUAUGUUAUCUCCGAUGCUGGCGGUACCGCUCGUCUUUCCAACGCCUUCUUUGUCUGCGGAGAGACCGAUGAUGCUUGCAUCACCCUCAACUCUCUCCCUGCCGGUAACGAUGUCGAGAUGGGUGGCGGACGCUACAGCUUCCAGUACAUCCCCGAGCUCAUCGCCAACGGCACUCUGCCCGAGGACGUCGUCGACACGGCCGUCUCCCGCGUUCUCCGCGCAAAGUUCAAGUCGGGCAUCUUUGAACACCCGUACACCGGUGUCCCCGACGACGAGGUCUUCAACUACCUCAACACAGAGGAGCACCGCAAGAUCGCCCGCGACCUCGACGCCGAGAGCAUUAUCCUGCUUGAGAACCACAACGAGACCCUGCCCCUGAAGAAGGACGCUCACGUCGCCGUCAUCGGCCCCAUGGCCCACGGAUUGGUCAACUACGGCGACUACGUCAUCCACACCGCAAUGGAACGCGGCGUCACCCCCCUCGACGGCAUCAAGGCCGCCAGCUCCGGAACAGUAACCUACGCAAAGGGCGCCGAGCGCUGGUCCAACGACGAGUCCGGCUUCCCCGAGGCCGUCGCCGCUGCCUCGGCCGCCGACGUCGCCGUCGUCGUCGUGGGCACCUGGUCCCGCGACCAGGACGAGCUCUGGGCCGGCCUCAACGCCACCACGGGCGAGCACAUUGACGUCCACGACUUCAAGCUCGUCGGCGCCAUGGGUCGCCUCGUCAAGGCCGUCAUCGACACGGGCAAGCCCACUGUCGUCGUCUUCAGCUCCGGAAAGCCUAUUACCGAGCCCUGGAUCUCGGACGAGGCUGGCGCGCUGGUGCAGAUGUUCUACCAGGGAGAGGAGGGCGGUCACGCGCUGGCGGAUAUCCUGUACGGAAACGUGAACCCUUCUGGCAAGCUUUCCGUCGCGUUCCCGCAUGAUGUCGGUACCACGCCUGUGUACUACGAUUAUCUCAACUCCGCCCGGUCCUGGCCCAACCCGGGUAAGGAGUACGCCAACGGGACCUUGGUCUUUGGCAGCAACUACGUCUUGUCGACUCCUCUGCCCUUGUACGAAUUCGGCUACGGUCUCUCCUACAGCACCUUCGACUACCACGACAUCUCCGUCUCCGCCUCCACCGUCUCCCCCACCGACACCGUCACCCUUAGCGUGCAGGUGACCAACAACUCGACCCGCGACGGCGCAGAGGUCGUCCAGGUCUACGUCAAGGACAUGAUCUCCUCCAUCGUCGUGCCCAACAAGGAGCUGCGCGGCUUCUCCAAGGUCUUCAUCAAGGCCGGCGAGACCGCUGAUGUCUCGAUUGACCUGUCCGUCUCCUCGUGGGGUUUGUGGGAUAAGAAGCUGCAGUACGUCGUUGAGCCGGGCGAUUUCACCGUCUUUGUCGGGUCUUCGAGCGAUGAUUUCCGCGGGAAUGCGACUGUGACGGUUGUCUAA